UAUCGUUAUUUGAAUUUUUAUCAGUUAUCAGCUGUUUUCGAUUCGUCAUUACCUGAAAAACUAAUGUUUUACCUCAACCAUGCCCCCACCCAACGUCGAAAGCCCAGCAAUGGUCCUGCACGAAUUUACCGUAAAACGUAGAUAUCCUCCACCUGAGUAUAAACUAGUCGUGAGCAAAACAGGCACCGAUGAAAACGAAUUCUACUAUGAACUUAACGUUGCAAACGUUUCUGCUAUGGGUUUUGGUCGCUCCAAGCAAGAAGCUAAACAGAAUGUUGCCACUAAGGUGCUCGAACAGCUUGCUAAUGAAGGAUUAUAUGACCCAAGUAGUAAUCCAGCUCAGGAGUUUAACCCACUCUUUGAUAACCCAUUGACACCAGUUGUCCAUUUUGUUCAAGCUUUGGAAGACCUUCGUGGUGAAAACAAACUUCCUUAUCCUCUUUUUAAUGAAAUAUCAGUUGUGGGGCCUUCACAUUGUAGAGAGUUUACAGAUGAAUGCAAAAUAGCUUCAAUAACCACUCAAGCAACAGCUAGCAAGAAAAGGCAAGCUAAACAUUUGGCAGCUAAAGAUAUGUUGUAUAAGAUUAAAGAUAUCAAUCCUGAGCUAGCUGAUUCAAAUGCAUUAACUGAUAAAGAUUGUGAGGCUGUUAAUAAAUAUAAUGAAUUAGCUAGCACUUUAGAUAUAAUGUCAAACAGAACAGUCAAUAUUGAUGACUUUUCUAACACUUUGAAGACAAUCAUGGUAAGGAAGAAUCUGAGUGUUGAAGAUUUCAAAGAACAGUUUGAUAAGAAAGAUAAAGAUGGUCUUCAGUAUAUCUUUGAUUUGCUUGACGUUAAGUACAAAAUAGACAUAUUUCAAGAGAAUCCACCCAUUGGUUGUGCUCUUUUUGGACUGGACACUCCAUUUACAGUAAUGGAGUUAGGAAAUAGUAAAGAAAACGCCGAAGUUAACGUCAUUAACGAAAUUUAUAUGAUGCUAGCUGUUUACUUGGACGUGCCUUAUUUAGAUAAUAACAUAAGCACAAACCGUUGUCCUAUAUAUUGAAUUAUUUACUUCUUUUUGUUUUUUAAAUUUAGACAUUUUAGUUUU